GGAGAGGGCCGGCGGCCGCGCGUCCUCGCGCCUCCGUUCCCAUUAGCAACCGGAGGCUUCCAAACAGCCUCCCGCUCCCUCCGACCACUGUCGGUCCCGGCUAGCGGAGGGGACACGCGUCAACGCGGCGGGCAGGCGACUCACCUGGUGGCUCCCGCCGGGCUCGGCUCGGGGCUCCUCCCCGCCGCCGCCGCCAUGGCAGAAUUGGGUUUAAAUGAACACCACCAAAACGAAGUUAUUAAUUAUAUGCGCUUUGCUCGUUCGAAGAGAAUCUUGAGACUCAAAACUGUAGACUCCUGCUUCCAAGACCUCAAGGAGAGCAGGCUGGUGGAGGAGACAUUCACCGCAGACGAAGUCUCCGAAGUCCUGAAUGGGUUGCAGACCGUGGUCCACAGCGAGGUGGAGUCAGAGCUCAUCAACACUGCUUAUACCAAUGUUCUGCUCCUGCGGCAGCUGUUUGCACAGGCUGAGAAAUGGUACCUAAAGCUACAGACAGACGUCUCGGAGCUAGAAAACAGAGAAUUAUUAGAACAAGUUGCAGAAUUUGAAAAAUCAGAAUUUACAUCUUCAAAUAAAAAGCCCAUCAUAGAUAUCACAAAGCCAAAACUUGUUCCACUUAAUGAAGGCGGAACAACAGAACUCCUAAACAAGGAAAUAGUGAGGCUACAGGAAGAGAAUGAGAGGCUGAAAUCAAGGCUGAAAACCACUGAAAUACAGGCUACAAAUGCACUGGAUGAGAAGUCCAAACUAGAAAGGGCACUUCAAGAUUUACAACUUGACCAAGGAAAUAAGCAGGACUUGACCAAGUCCCAAGACCUGAGUGACUUGGAAAACACAGUGGCAGCUCUCAAGAGCGAGUUCCAGAAAACCCUCAGUGACAAGACCGAAAACCAGAAGUCCCUGGAAGAGAACCUUGCCACAGCCAAGCACGACCUCCUCCGGGUUCAGGAGCAGCUGAGCAUGGCCGAGAAGGAAUUAGAGAAGAAAUUUCAACAGACAGCAGCCUAUCGAAACAUGAAAGAGAUUCUCACCAAGAAGAACGACCAGAUCAAAGACCUGAGGAAACGAUUGGCAAAAUACGAGGCUGAAGACUGACUGCCGCCUGAAGAUGGCCCCAGAGCCCGCCACCUGGCCGUGGAGCCGCCCCUCCCGCCGCGCGCGCGUGUUCCGAAGUACUUUGUCAUCUAUCUAGCCUCGCUCCUAUUUUUCUAAUAUUGAAGCUUUGCUUUUAAUGCUUAGAAUGAAAGUUCUUACUUUUCAGUUCUCUUGCCAGAAGGGGCUGUGCGCUCAGGGUCCGCAGUCUCCGUGUGCAUGCAGAGAACAGUUCCGUGCAGAGGGGCUUAGUCUAUGUGUUCAGCUAAAGAGUGUCUUUUUAAAAAAAAAAAACAAACAAACAUCCUAGAGAAGCUGGUAUGCCUCUCAUCAUCCAUUCCCCAAAGGUGAAAAGAAGCAAGAGUGGUCCAAGAUAGCGAUUACAAAUAAAUCUUAUUUCUGUUUUUGAAAAUGAAAUUCCGAAUGCAUUUACUCUUGCUUGAGCAUGAAACAAGGUUUGGGAAAUGCAGAUCAUGUCUAUUCUAAAUAGGGCGUUUGGUUUGACUAACUCUAAGGCAGAUAACAACAGUGAACAUGUGUGGUUUUGCUCUGUCUAGCCGAAGGAUGUUUCAGCAGGGGCCGGACAGGCAUCUUAGGCAGCCGGACUUAUCACUUGAGUCUGAGGGGAACUCAGAUCCCCCCUGUACCUCUACACUUUAGAAAACAAAUGGACUCAGAGAAAUCUUUUCAACUUGUUUCCAGAAUAUUCCUUUAAAGUAUAUGCUUAAGAAAACAACGACAAGGGGCUGGGAAGGUGGCUCAGUGGUAGAGUGCUCACCUAGCAUGCAUGAAGACCUGGG